CCAUCUCACAAUUAAUCGACUCGUGGAUUCAUCAAUUCCAACUGAAUUUAUUUUCCCACCUUUCUAAAUUGAAUUUCUCCUUUCAUACAAUUACAACAUGGAAUUCCCAGAAGUUGGGACGCACUGUGCCAUCGAUUCUUGCAAACAAGAUGAUUUCCUCCCAUUCAAGUGCACCCAUUGCUCUUCGAUUUUUUGCAAAAACCACUUCAAUGUCAUCUCACAUAACUGCAAAGCAUGUCCAGAAAAUAUUGUCUUGGAGCCCAGAAAAAUCCAGGGUUUUAUUUGCUCCCAAGAAUUAUGUAAAAGCUCUUCUCCAGUUGAGAUGAAUUGUAUUGAAUGCAAAAAACAUUUCUGUUUGGCUCAUCGCCACCAUGGAUGCCUAGAAAUUAGUGAAGAUGAAAUUGCGAUGAAAUUGAAAGAGUGGGCAAAGCCUAAGGAAGAGUUUAAGUCAGCUAAAAGUACAGUGGAUGCUGCAAUUAAUGAGAAUUUGAAAAAGUCAAAGAAAGUUGGAAUGGCUAACAAGGUGCAAUUGAUAAGACUGAAAGGAAAAGCAAUCGGUUCUCAAACCAUACCCUCUGUUGAUCGAAGGUAUUUCCAGGUCUAUUUUCCACUGACUGCCUGCAAAAAGGAGUCAGCGGCCGUCUUCGUGAAUGUCCAAUGGACAUUAGGCAAAGCCAUCGAUUCAAUCGCAGAAAUUCUCAAAAUUCGCAACUCAAAUAAUUUGGCACAUUCUGAUAAGCUCAAAAUGUUUCACCAUGCAACUGGAGAUGUUCUGGCGGAGAAAAUGGAUACCACAUUGUCUGAUUUAUUUAGUAAAACGCAGUUAGUCGAUGGCCAAAGGGUUAUUUUUGAAUAUUCGAAUGGAAAUAAAGUCGAUUUUUCUUUGUAUAAAUAAAUAAAAGUAUCCAGUAAUUCUUUUUUUUUAUAAAACAAUUGAAGCGAAAAUUUUAGUUCUUCAAUUUGGCAUCUUUCUGUGCACACAAAAUUGCAAGUUGAAUCAACCACAAAAUUUGGAAAAUUCUGGAGAAAAAUCAAAACUUGAAGCAGCAUUAUUUACAAAAAUGUCGAUGAACGUUUCGGUUAAUAUCUUUUCGAUGCAGAACUUAAGCGUAAGAAGCACUACAAACAAUUUUCACUGUUUUUCUGCCUCUUAGAUCAUCUCACAUCUUGGAAAAUGCUUCAUGAAAUCCUGGAAACCCUCUCACGUUCUGACAUUCGCUUCAAAAUGCUCAAAAGGUUCAUCAAAAUGUAAUAAGCCUCCGAAAAAGCCAUUACAGAAAAAUUCAAACAAACGCACAAGAUGGAAACCCAAAAAUUCCCAUGGCUCUGCAAAUAAACAAAAAGACCCUUGCAUAAUAAGAGAAGAUGAGUAGAGAAGGCUGUUGGGGAAUAACUCUGAGUACACAAUAUUCUUCAAAAAUAUCAGUCAUGAUGAUGAUGUCGAUGAUGGUGAUGUGCACAACACGGUGGUAAAAGGAAAUUGUUAAAAAGUCAGAAGCUAUGAAGUCCAUUGUUAAUGAAGAUACUCAAUCAAAAAGCAUUUGCUGCUACUGGAUAAACUGACUUUUUACCUUAUGAUCGCCCAUGCAAGUGGUCGCUCCGAUGAUACCAUAUUCCACAGCAUCAGAGGAUGAUAUCUGUUUCAAGCAUUGUACAUCACAAUAUAUG